UGCAACAACACACUGCAAGCAGCUGCAUGCCAUAGCCCCACAUCAAGCUCGACAAUGGCGUCCCUCUCCUCCGUCCUCGUCGGCUGCUUCCUCCUCGCAGCCGCCGUCUUCCUCCACCGCAACGGCGCCUCCACCACCACCACCACCACCCACCUCCACUUCUACAUGCACGACGCCUACACCGGCCCGGCUCCCACCGCCAUGCGCGUCGUCUCCGGCCGCUCCCUGCUCGACGGCGACAACGGCAACGGCAACGGCAACGGCGACGACGGCUCGCCGCCGCGGCAGUUCGGCGACAUCGUGGCGCUGAACAACGCGCUGACGGAGGGGCCAUCCGCCGGCAGCGCGCGCGUGGGCACGGCGCAGGGGUUCGCGGUGCGGGUGUCGGAGGGCGGCGUGUUGUCGGACCUGAGCCUGCACAUGGUGCUGGAGGCCGGCGAGCACCGCGGCAGCUCGGUGACGGCGAAGGGCCGCAUCGACAUGGACGCCGGCGAGCGCGAGUCGGUGGUGAUCGGCGGCACGGGGCGGUUCCGGCUCGCGCGCGGGUACAUGGUCACCAAGAACUACGACUACAGCCUCGCCACCGGUGGCAUCGUCGAGAUCGACCUCUACCUGAAGCACUAGCUAGAAGUAGCACGGAGCUAGCCAUGGACAGAAAACGCACGCGACCACUGCAUAUAUGCAUGUCUGGCCGCUGCAUCGUCUGUGCGACGAGUUGUGCAGCGGUGGAUUUAAGAAGAAAUAAAAAUUUGAUGGGUUUCAUAGGGCUCCUAUUGUCCUCGUAUUAGUACGUACCCCCUCCGUUUCGUAAGUCAUUUUAGUAUUACCCACAUUUAUAUUAAUGUUAAUGAAUUUAGAUACUAUCUAGAUUCAUUAACAUCAAUAUAAAUAUGAAAAGUGCUAGAAUGACUUACAUUGUGAAACGGAGAAAGUAGUAAAGGCUCAAGAUCCGGAUGCCCCUAUGAUAGAUUCACCCUAAAGUUGUGUGUAUAGUUUCCUUGUGGAAUGAAAAUCCAUCUCCUAUAUAUGCAUAUAGUUCAAAGUGUCGAGAAGUAGUAACUACACUACUAUAUAUUGUCCAGUUGAUGUAUUGUAUCGAGAAGAUUAAGUAACAUUAAUUAUAUAUUUAUUUA